AUGUUCUUCUUUUUGCUCGUCCCUCUGCUGUACCCGCUGUUGAGAGUAUACAGCGCAUUGGAGUUGUCAGAUAUCUUCUGGCGGCUAUCAAUCCUCUCGAUUCCCUUGUCUCGUGCUGCUGCUGCCGCUGCUGCUGCUGCUGCUGCGGGGGUGCAUCCCACAGCCGCAGCAGCAACACUUGCUGCAGCAGCUGCUGCAGCGGAGGUGCCAGCAGCUGCAGCAGCACCCGGGCCAGAGAGAAUUCUUGCAUUUAAGGAGGAGCUGCUGCUGCAGUUGAAGCGCAGGCACCAGUCGCUGCAGAGACAGCUGGGUUUGCAACAGCAGCAGAAGCAGCAUCAACAGCAACAGCAGCCACAGGAGCAGCAGCAUCAGCAGCACAUGCCGCAGCCACAGCAGCUGCUUCUGGUGUACAGAGUUUUGUAUGGCGCAGCGAAGCUCAAGAUGAAAUUCUCUGAGGCCCCCGAAAUCUUCUCUUUAGUUGUUGAAAAGGCAUGCGAGUUGCUGGAGCUCAGCGAAUCUCCCGAGGGUUUAGGGUUUAGGGUUUUGACGCCCUCGCAAAUUGUUCGAAUAGUUUGGGCAUGCGCAGCACUGCAAACCCCCGAGGCGACAGUCUUUUUCAAGGCCAGAGAACGCAUUCUUGGUUGCAUCGAUAGUUUGGCAUAUGAAGAAAUUGAAGUUCUUCUGCAAGUGUAUGAAGCUGUUGGCAUGGAAGACAACCAACUGACGGCCACACUGCAGCAGGAGUUGCAGCGUAUUGCUCCUCUAGCUCGUGGCACGAAGAUUUCUGCUCCUCGCCGCCGCAACUUCAAGAGAAAAGAGAAGAGGGUGAGCAUGACGGAUCCCAUCCCGUCGUACUCCUUGGCCGCCUAA